GUAAAAUAAAGUAUUAUGGAUAAUAAAACAAUUUGUUGCACUGUUAGGAUUCUUAUUGGCUUAAAACUCAUUUUAGCCUCGUUCUCAGAAAAAAACUGUCAAAACGAGGAUUUAGGCUUUAGCCCGCAUAAGUUUCGGGCGUCCAGCCUAACUGCGCUGUCUCUAUCUAUCUAUCUCUCUAUCUCAAGCGAUUUUAAAGAUUCCGCCUUUGCUAGCGGAAAUCAACAAAUGUAUCCCGCCCUUUUAACACCUGGUAAAAAUCAAAUUUGCGCAAUUGAAUGUCUCACUUGCGUGGAAAUAAAGAUGGCGGACGUAAACAAGAAAAGGCAUGUGCUGAAGAAAAAGAGAAAAUUUAGUUUCAAGGAGACAUAUGAACAGAAGCAAGAGCGAAAAAAGAAAAAAAGACUCAAAAAAGAAUUAAAUGAUAUCUCAUUGAGCGAUUUAUUGCCACAGGAAGAAAAGUCUGAUUUGGGAAAAGGUUUUACAAAAACAGUAAGUGUUGCCUUGCCUGGAUCCAUUCUUGAAAAUGCGCAAUCACCAGAAUUAAGAACCUAUUUAGCCGGUCAGGUUGCACGUGCAUUGGUGAUAUUUAAUAUUGAUGAAGUAAUCAUUUUUAACGAAUCAAGCAAGAAAAAAUCUAGCGACAGUGUUUUUAAAGGUGUCACUAAAUCCACUGAUUCGAAUGUAAUGUUCGCUCGAAUCUUGCAGUACUUAGAGUGUCCGCAAUAUUUGCGGAAAUAUUUUUUUCCAGUACAUCAAGACUUAAAAUAUGCAGGUAUUUUGAAUCCACUUGACUGUCCGCAUCAUAUGCGCAUUGAUGAUAUCGUCCCCUAUAGAGAAGGAGUAACACUUGACCGACCGGUAAAAGAAGGCGGAGGGUCGUUCGUAAACGUUGGAAUGAGGAAAGAAUUACGCAUUGACAAGCAUUUAAAGCCCAACGUUCGUGUGACUGUGAAAUUGGACCAAUUGGACGCCGAAAGUAUAGAAAAAAAGAAAUUUCUUAGCGGUAAAGUUGUGCCACCGUCAACACCCCGCACGGAGGACGGUCGAUAUUGGGGAUACAACGUGCGAAUUGCAGACUCGUUUGGUGCAGUGUUUACACAAUCUCCGUACCGAGACGGUUAUGAUUUAACAUUGGGAACAUCCGAUAAAGGAACACUUGUUGAUGAUUUAGACCUUCCAGCAUUUAACCAUUUGCUAAUUGUAUUUGGUGGUUUAAAAGGCCUGGAAGCAAGUCUAGAGUCAGACGAAACUCUUUACGAAACAGAUAUCGAGCUUUUAUUCGAUUGCUACGUAAAUGCUUGUCCCAAUCAAGGUAGUCGAACCAUCAGGACUGAGGAGGCUAUACUGGUGACUCUUUCUGCGAUGAGACCAAAGAUAUUCAGCAAGCGGUAAAUCAAUAGAUUGAAUUUGAAUCUGGGCGUUAAUACAUCUAACCACGAGUUCAUAAAUGACGUCGUCGAUAAACAAGGGAAGAAUCUUCAUCUGCUGUCUGAGGAAACAAUUUCCCGAUGUUAAUCGGCUCCUACUGGCUCGUACAAUGACGCGCCACGUGAAGCAAACGCAGGAGUUAUAUUGUGGCAAAAUCAGAGUAACUGGAGUGAUAAUAUAAUUUAAAAUUUGUAUGCAUUUCAUAUAUGGACAAAUCGUUUAAUAUGUGUAAUAUAGUAAGAGGUUGGAAGCACGUUAUAACAAAAAUAAACGAGUUAUAACGUAACUUCACGAGUUAUAACGUAACUUCACGAGUUAUAACGUAACUUUACGAAUUAUACGCUGUUUUUAUACUUUACUGAGGUUAAUUAUUUUACGUUAUAUUACAUCGCGAAAAUAAAUCCUUG